AUGCAAUCCCAUCCCUCUCCAACUUACCUGUACUUUCCAGACAAGAACAAAGUCCUGAGGAUUCUUCAGCUGCCGCACCCAUUUGUCGGAUUCACAGAGUCCUUUCGUCUGAUAGGAUAUCUUGCGAAUGCCAACCGGGAGCUCUCGCCCCUCUACCGUGCAGAGCAUGCAUUGAUAAAUUCAGAACACGACAUUCUGGAUAUCGUAGGCAUACUGGCUAUUCCAAACCACGAUAGAAUAGUGUUUUCUGAAGUGUAUGAAAAGAAGAUGACCGGUGACGGCGAUUUCAUGCGAUCAAUCGACAGCGGACUUUGUCGCCCAAAUGUACUAGGGUUUACUAGUAUUGUGUGGCUCCUUAGCAUGUUGCAUGAUCAUUCCAUCCGCUUCCAUGUGGCACCAUUCCCAGAUGGAUUCUCGCCCCGUGGGUCUCUAGCCGCUAUUGAGGCUGCACCUCUACAUGACUUCAUGUUCCCUGCCCCUCGCGCUGCCAUUGAGGUUACACCUCUUAUAUAUCAAUUCCCGCCUCCUGUUACUCUCGCUGCCAUCGAGGCCGCACCUGUCGCAUACGAACUCGAGGCUGCGCCUUUUCAACAGUCAAUCUCUCCCCCUCCUGCUGAUGGCAAGUGUGGAUCUGCUCUUUUUUUACCUGACACUUCAUCAAACGGACAAAGUUGGUCUGCCAAUUUUGAUUACGAUUUCACAACUAUCACUGGGUCUGAAGGGUACCCGGACAAUUCGAUGUUCGACGAUUACCAAAUGGCUUUCAAUGCGUCUGUUGUAUAUGCCGACCAGACCCCCAUUACUCCAACGAUUGUGCUCCACGACCGGCUCAUCUGGAAAGAUUUGGAUGCACCCCUCCAUCCCAACUUCCGAACAGCCAUCACCGAAGCGCUGAAAAACACUCCCUGGAACCGCCCAAUAUUUUUGACGAAGUGUCUCUACCUUGGAAGCCUUUGGGUCGGACUACAAAACCCUUGGAACCUUCCUGACCAACAAUACAGACGGCUCAUCACCAGCUGCUUUUUAACGGCGAUAGCUCUCAGCGGAACAACAAUGGAUGAAUUACAUGAUAAACUGGUGACAGUGGCAAAGGGUGGCAUGGAACCGGCGACCAUUGGAUGGGAGACCCUUCGCUUCACUUUCUCGAAUCACAUUGUGAACAGAACUUCGGAAAUGCGCAAAGUCGUCCGGGGAUGCAUUCAUACACCAACAGGAUUUUCAGGAAGUCAAAAUCAGGAGAAGAGGGAAAGAGUCAAUUACUUUUUUGCGCUUCUCGACUCGGACAAUCAGGAACUUGUGCAACAAGGUAUAGCAGAAUUGGUACAACUUCAUAUGUUCCAAGAACUCGUAUGGAUAUCGCUGUUGCGACCCAUAGUCGGCUUGGCCCAGAACAAGAAUGAGAAUGGGAGAAUUGCGGAUCUAUUCCCUGAAGAAGUGCGAGACCACAAUGGUCUUGCAAAAGGCGUAGUGGGGACUCUAGUAACCAUUAUAUACCACACAUUUCAUAUCUGGCGCUCGCCGAAGACGCAGGGUCGCAGACUGGAUCUCAUGUAUGAUUUCUUCAUGGUUAGUCUGAUCAAGAUGUAUGCCAACCUGGACUCUUUUCCUGAGUUCAAGGAGGCGGUGAGAAAGUUGCCUUUUUUACGCGAAGUGAACGUCUUCCCGAUGGAACCCAAGAGCCUAAGACCGAGAACUCGCAUGAACGAGACAACACCGUUAUAUGAAGAUCUUGAGCCCAUCACCGAAAUGGUCCACAAUCUCACCACUCUUCCAAACGCAGAAUUCACUAAUGACAUGAUCAUUAAGGAUGAGGCCUUGAGCGCUCUACAAAACCAGAUCUCAAAGAUGUCUCAUAUGGUACACACAGCAUGUAUGGGACCGUUACCCGUAAGAGACGGAAAAGUUUUGCGACCCGAUCUAUUUCAACCUCAGAACGUCGUUGCGCCUCACUCGCUGGCAGGAAUCAAAAACAGUUUCAUCCUCGCCGUUAGUAAAGUGAAAUCAGCGCUUCGGUACAUCAUGAUAAUUGUCACCAUUCGCGCGAUAAUCGACUGA